CAUUCGACUGAGACAGCAGACUGAACCUCACUGAGGAAGUGACUGGGCUCUGGUUAAGAUGGAGGGCAAUGACUUCAAAGCAAACUUUCUCAGCAAAGUUGUGUUAUUACAGUAGACUUUAGUGGAGCCACAGGUAAAUGAGUGUAAUUGCCGGUUGUCGUAAAGCUGGGUCUCUGGUCCCGCCCCCCGCACAUUUGUUUAUGAGGAUAGACAGUGACAAAACAGCAAAAAAUGUCGUCACAGAAAGUAAUAUACACAACACUGUCCACCUUAUACUUGCAAAGGCAACUCUAGAAGCAUCUAUCAUUCAACAUCACCUCAUGCAGCCAGUGAGGAGAGGCAGGAUCCAGCGAGAGGCGAAGCAACUGCCAGACCGACUGACCCAGAUUAUAACACUAGUUUACCAGAACAUUUACCGACCGGUAUCUUUUAGUUAAGAUGCAACGUCAUCAGGGUCUCUCUCCCUCACGUGCGGGUGGAAUGAAUGGAAUCUACACUUGAGUUCUGCGAGCCACGGACAUCCGUCGUUGUGAUGUUUCUUACGGGAUUCUUCCGUGAUAAACUGCUGAGGACAUCAUCGGCUCUCAUCUAUUUACAGCGCUGUAGAAUAAUAAAGACAAUUUCUCCUCUGGCUUUAUUACAUCGUGACUGUCAUGUGUUUCUAUAAGCAGCAGACAAACAGCUCAGAGCGUGAGCAUAAAAACGUCUGUUCACACCUUUAUUUCGAGUUGACUAUGGACACUUGACUGUGGACUGUGGAUGAUGAAAUGUGGCACUGGUCGUGUCUCUCAGCAGCUCGGAGCAGGAAAUCUCGCCAGAACAGAAACAGUCCCCAACCUCCGGAGGCUGCUGAAGUGGGCUUGGGAGACGAAGGCGGCUCUGGCAGGGUGAGUCGCAGAUUAUCCAGACUGCAUCCCUCUAGAGAUCGACGACCAGCAACACCGCCUCAACUUGAAAGACCCCCACCCCAACAAGAUGGCAGAGCUUCUCCUUCACCGCCAAGUCAAGCGCUCCCACGGCCUCCACGUCCUCCUCCUGCUGCAGGUCCGGCUCUAGCUGCAGCUGCUCUCCUCCUGCCGCUGGUACCAAAAUGCCAAGAACAAAGCACCAAGCCCAAACUUCCGCCCCGACCUUUGGCCAAGGGAUUCAGCAGUGCUGAGCACGGAUCAGCUGUGCUGCAGGGUUUUGAUGCUUUUCGGUCAACUCAACUCCUCUGCGAUGUCACGCUCAUACCUGGAGACAGUGAGGAGACUUUCCCUGUCCACAAGGUCAUAAUGGCUUCAUCCAGCGACUACUUCAAGGCCAUGUUCACUGGUGGCAUGAAGGAGCAGGACAUGAAGGAAGUAAAGCUCCACGGGGUCACUAAGAUCGGCUUAAGGAACAUCAUCGAGUUCAUCUACACGUCGAAAGUCAACCUGGACAUGGGGAAUCUUCAGGAUACUCUGGAAGCCGCAAACUUCCUGCAGGUCAUGCCGGUCCUGAGGUUCUGCAAUCAGCUCCUGAGCAGCGAGAUCACGAUUGACAACUGCGUUGAAGUGGAGCGCAUCGCCUCGGUCCUGCUCCUGGAUGACGUGAAGAAGAACAUUGGUGAGUUUGUGGGGCAGAAUCUUGCUGAGUUGGUGGAAUGUGGCCGCUACCUGCACCUCUCUGAAAGCAGCAUGGCCAACGCCCUGGCCAGCAACUCGCUGGAGGGAUUCUCCGAGAUGGAGCUCUACCACAUCGCCAAGUGGUGGCUGGAGCAUGAUCAGGCAGCACGCGGCUCGUCCGUCUACACCUUGAUGCGCAACAUCCGCUUCCCCCUAAUGACGGCCAGCGAGCUCCUCCAGAUCUCCCUCGAGGAAGAGGAAGAGAGCAAGUCCCUGAUGCGCUCCUCCACAGCCUGCGUCAACCUUCUGCUGGAGGCCAGCAACUACCAGAUCAUGCCGUUCAUGCAACCCGUCCUGCAGAAUGACCGCACGCACAUUCGCUCCGACGCCACUCACAUUUUGGCUCUGGGCGGUGUGAUGCGUCAGCAGCUGGUGGUGAGUCGGGAGUUAAGACUGUACGACGAGAAGACCGGAUACUGGCGAGCUCUGCAGCCCAUGGAGGUGCCCUGCUACCAGCAUGGGGUGGCACUUUUGGGUGGCUUCCUCUUCAUUGUUGGAGGUCAGAGUACUUAUGACACCAAGGGUAAGACAGCAGUGGGCAGUGCCUAUCGGUACGACCCUCGCUUCAACGUGUGGAUCCAGAUCGCUUCGCUCAACGAGAAAAGGACCUUCUUCCACCUCAGUGCUGUGAUGGGAAAGUUGUUUGCCGUCGGUGGGAGAAAUGCCACCGGAGAAAUUGACUCGGUGGAAUGCUACAACCUGAAGAAUAACGAGUGGACGUUCGUCACCAGCAUGAUGGAGCCGCACUACGGUCACGCUGGGACGGUCCACAAAGACCUCAUGUACAUCUCAGGAGGCAUCACUCGUGACACCUUCCAGCGUGAGCUCUGGUGCUAUGACCCCGCUGAUGACGCCUGGAGUCGUAAGGCCGACAUGAUGGAGCUGCGUGGACUCCACUGCAUGUGCACCGUGGGGGACCGACUCUUCGUCAUGGGAGGGAACCAUUUCAGGGGCAACAGCGACUAUGAUGACGUCCUGGCCUGCGAGUACUACAGUCCGGAGGUGGACCAGUGGACCCUGGUGGCUCCCAUGCCUCGUGGCCAGAGUGACGUGGGCGUGACGGUGUUCAAUGGGCACAUCUACGUGGUGGGGGGAUACUCCUGGAACAGCAGGUGCAUGGUGGAUAUCGUGCAGCGCUACGAUCCCGAGCUGGACGUCUGGGACCGAGUCUUUAAUGUCUUGGAGCCUCUCGGGGGGAUCCGUGCUUGCACCAUGACGGUCCAUCUGCCUGAAGGGUCUGUGGACGAGGCUCAGAUUCAGGAGUGCCCGCUGCCCACGGCCAAGAUGGCCGACUAGAAUGUCAAACCUCCCCCGUGAUAAAUCUGUCAAUGCCCCUUUUUUCACUCCCAUUUAAUGCGGAGUUGAGCCUUUCUGUGAGACUUGUUUUCUUGGUACCUAUUUAUUUCUUUCUGAAAUUGAAAUGAGCGUUUGUUUUUAAGCCGAGAUGUUUAUUUCAAGGAUUCAAUGGCCGCAUAAAUGCACCAUUUUUGAAGGAGGAAAUGACAAUAGUUUUGAACUCAUCUGAUUGCACACUUCUUAUAAAAUGUAUCACUCUUUCAUGUUCCUCCAUUCCUCAAAUGUUUCAGCAGGAAAAUUCAGCUGGUCUCUGAAACACACAGGGUGAAUACUUGGAUUGAUUUCGUCCUUCAACCUCAUGGGACAGCAGACUGCGAUAUCUCUGAUCCCUGUCAAGGACAGCAGACAAAUACUUGCCGUGGUUCACACUGUGUCUAGUUUAGGCUUGAAUGAACUCCCUGCUGUCACUGGCAGGAUGAAAUCCAUCGACACAAGAAAUGUCACUCGCCAGGAAAUGAUUAAAAAAAAUUGUAAAUGUCAAAGUAACAUGCAAAACCGCAACUUACCCUGCGCUCUCUUUUACAUUAUGAAUCCAUGGAAUUCCUGCCCCAGUUUGCUCUACUGUCUUUCUUUUUACAAUCUGCUUUUGCUUUUUAAGCUUUGCUUGCAAGUCAAGGAGAGUUGGAUGGGCCACACUGAGUCAUGGCCUCACAUAGGACUAUAUGAUAUGUAGUCAGAUAUAUGACGUGUCUCAGUCUUUGCAGUAAAAGUGACAGAAAGUGCCCCCAAAAAGAGAAGCAGUGAUUCUCAACUGGUGGGUUGAAGCACGAAAGCUGGCUGUGAAACCGCUGUCAGUUGAUCUGGGUCCCAAAAUAAUCCUGUAUGGUAGAAAUAAAUAAAUAAAACUGUAUGAGGUCAA